AUGGCAGUUGUUCAUCAGGAUCAGUCUGAUCUUAUUCAAGACGGAUCUUACAUCUCUCGUAAAGCUGUGACAAUCACACCCUCUAGGGAUGACCACGGAAAGGUUCUUAGCUGCAUCGCGUCACAUCCAGAACUACAAAAUGAACGUCUACGCUCAGUUCAUCUCAAUGUUCAUGAUUUACUGACUUCAAUCACUUGUAAAAGUAUUGGGUCAUUCCCAGCGACCAAACUAUCAUUUCAGUUAGUAGGGGGUACUGGUCAAGCUGACAAUAUCCCCCUUCGCGCAAAUAUCUCAAGCAAAAGAAGUGUUUUAGACGAUAAGUUGUUCGACUCCGAGGGUACUAUAACCAUUCACCCAAAUAUUGAGCGUCAUGGGAAGUACAUUUAUUGCUACGCAUCACUUGAAAAACACAUAGUUGGAUUUAAGUUCGCCAAAGUAAUCGUUUAUGGCCAACCAGAAGGCAUCAAGAUUACUUCCCCUGUGGACCUAUACGAUGGCAUAGAAGUCAAUGUAACCUGCAAAGCUGUUAAUGGAUACCCCGCACCGCAUAUCCAUUGGUACAUCGGAACAAGAAAUCUUACAGAGGAUUCAUCUUUAAACAUAAGUGAAAAUAAAGCUGGUCGAUAUGAUGCUGAAAGCACUCUAACUCUAAUACCGACGAGGUAUGACCAUGGGAAACGUCUUCUCUGUGAGGCAGUACAACCUACAAUACUCCAAGCUCGUUCGGUGAAUCAAAGCUUGGUUCUAAAUAUAUACUAUCAUCCCGUUGUGUCAAUCACUGCUCGACAUCUUACAUCAAACAAAGCAAGUGGGACUACAGAGCUCGUGGUGAUAUGUGAAGCUGAUGCCAAUCCCCCUGUCAUUACCUUCGGAUGGCUAUGCAACGAAACUGUAGUGUCCAACGACUCCAAUAACAACAUACUCACUGAGACUCUACGUGAAGAUGCAACCCUAACAUACCUAAGGUCCAGCAUUUAA